CACAUUCUUACCAUAGUAUAUUAGCAACAUACAUAUAUACUCAAUAAUUUAACCAUCCUAUCUAAUUUGUGUAAAAUAUGACAACAACAACAACAUGCAAAUCAUUUCAUGUUUUCAUUAAAGUUCGAAGAAAGUGUUAUGCAACUAGUUGGAAAUGUAAUAUGCAUGAUUAACUAAAUAUACAAUCAACAAUUGUCUAUGCAUGACGCUCAAUGUCUGUUGUCAGGAUACCGUCAGUAGUAAAUUACUGUGGGAGAGAACAAACCAAAUUAGGAAAAGAUGAUGGAAGGGGAUAAAAGAUACAUUAUUGAAGUCACGAAAAUGUAUCACGAAUUAAGCGCUAACUUUGGAUCUUGAAGGGGAACGAAAAAGAGGAAGAUCAAAAAAUACACUGAACCGAGGAUUGGAAUCAGAUAUGAAAAUGAUGAGUAGCAAGCGAAAAUAACUGGAAAAGAUUGUCCGGGACAGAGUUGGAUGGAGAAUUCCGGUGAUUGGCCUAUACUUCUCCAUGAGGGAUGACAGGCAUAAAAGUGAGCGUGCAACUUCGUAAUUCUAAAUGCUUUAUAUGUGAUGAUAUUGAACAUAUUCAGUCAGUUUGUAAUACUAAUGUUCAUUUUGCUGCAACUAAUAUCAGGUCUUGUAAUUCUGAUUCUAAUAAGUUGAGUAUUUAUGAUGAUCACUUAUUUUUAUCAACGAUUUCAAAAGACAGUGUAGAGUCAUAUAGCAGUUCAGAGUUAAAUGAAACUCAGAAUUCUUGCGAGACAACAGUUUCUAAUCAAUCAACUUAUCAGAUUUCUCAUGUUAUUGUACUAGAUAUGGUUUUUUCUAAUGAUUCACAUAUUUCUGAUGAAAUUCCCUACAAAUGUGAGGAAAAUAUGUUGAGUGAACCUAAUCAUGAUCGAAAACCUGACGUAGUUUUGAUGGAUGCUGAUUUUUCUAAUGAUCCUCUGCUUUGCAAUGACAUUCUUAAUAAUUUUGAGGAAACUGUUUCAGAAGAGUCAAAUCUUGAUGUCAUAUCAAAUAUUAUUUGUCUUCAUAAUGCAUUUGUUUCUUGUGGGAAACUUGUUCAGUGCGAAGCACAAGUACUAAAUGAGCUCAAGUUUCAUUACAAUUCGGAUGAUUUCAUGUCAACUGCUGUUUAUCCUUAUCACGAAGUGACUUUGAAUGUUUACUCUAAUCAAUGUGAAAAAUAUGUUUUAAAUGAAGUCACAUUAUUCAUAACUUGGGGAUAUGAAGGUCCAACAUUAUUUCGAGGGGGAGGAUAGUGUUGGAAAAUCUAUGGUGCGAAUUUUAGAUAUCAGUGACUUAAGUACACACAACGGAUAUGUUGAACAAAUACAAUUCCGGGGACCAGGUGAGUCUGUUCCGACAUCGGUUGUUAAUUCUAAUCCUAAUGAGUACAUUCUAGAUAAUACAGAGUCUUUAUCCAAUACACCGUCGGACAGAUAUAGGAUGAACUUAAGAAGACGUACAAUCGAUUACAGACACUGAGACUGCAAGUUAGACUGUGGCGGAUGUGGUAAUUGAAUGAACUAGUGAUUCUUUUGUACCUGUUAAAUGUUUGAUUUCGAA